AUGUUGCUGGUGGUGCUGGGCGGGAACAAGGGGAACAGUGGCUUGCGCCUCCCUGCUGCGGCUGCUGCCGCUGCUGAGGGCGAUCGCCCAAACGUCAUCGUGUUCCUGCUGGACGAUGUCGGUGCGGCGCGGUUCCCAUUUUAUGGGAGUGAGACAGAUGUCACCCCGAACAUCAACUCGCUCGCGGACAAGGCCGUUGUCUUCGAUUCCUUCUUUACCCAGCCAGUGUGCGGCCCUUCUCGCGCCACGCUGCUCAGCGGGCGCUACCCUUCCAGCACGGGGGUGAUCGAGAACAACUCAGACGCAGACACUUUCGCAGAUGCAGACUGCACUCUUGGCUCGACCUUCCAGUCCGUCGGCUACAGCACCGCCGUCUUCGGCAAGCUGCAUGCUGCCCACACGCACGUCAACACGCUGAACUCCAGCUGCGGCUUUGACAAGUGGUCAAUCUGGGCCCGCGAGGGCGCACGUUACCACAACGCAUUUAUCACGACCAACCUCGGGCACGGCGGCAACCUGACGUACGACGAGAUGGUGGAGGCUGCAACAAGCGUCAACGGCACCGCAGAAUCCCGCACCUUCCAAAUCCAAGACGCAUACUGCCCACACCUCAACCGCGAGCUGGCCAAGGCGCACAUCACCGCAAGCAAGGCCGAGGGUAGGCCCUUCUUCAUGUAUCUGCCCAUGUUGCUAGCCCACGGCCGCUUUCCCGAGCGAGAUUCCGAGCCGUCUCUGCCACCGGGCAUGAUCCCCGCAAGCGACCCGCCGUACAGCAACCUGUUUGACCAGCGCGUGAUGGUCGCCGACGCCAUCAUCGGCGACAUCCUGCGCCACCUCACCAUCGAGGGCGUGGCCAAGAACACCAUCGUCGUCGUGGUUGGUGAUAACGGGGCCCCUCGCAAGGUGGAGGCUGUCGUGAACGGCGUCACGGUCGAGAGCGGCAAGUUCACCGCCUACCGCAGCGCAGGCACGCGCGUGCCCUGUCUCUUCUAUGACCCGCGCAUUCCGGUUGCAAUCCCAAAGGCCCGCCGCAUCCGCGCCGUCGCGAACAUGUACGACAUUCUCCCCACCCUCAUGGACGCAACCAACAUCGACCGCUUGCCUGCAGGCAAGAACAAGCCCAACGGCGCCAGCCUCUGGAAGUUCAUCACAAACGAUCGGCGCGGGUGGGGCAAAUGGACGUUCCUGUUUGGUCAGCAGCCAGCACACGCCGUCAUUCGCAACCACAAGGUCAUCAUCUCCUCCCUGGGCGACAUCUACUCCGAGAACAAGUGGUACACUCCCAAGCCGCUUGCACCAACUGCAGUGUGCACCAAGAAGCUGGUGCGAAAGCGCUAUCAGUACAUGGUAAACCAUGCCUGGAAGGCCGGUAUCAACGUCACCUUGCCCGGCUCGGACACGCCGCUGGCCCCGUACUCCUGUGAUGAUCUCGUGUGCAACCCAGAUACCAACCUUCUUGAGUGCAUUACCACUAACUAG